AUGGAAGAAGCACAAGCACAAGUUAAGGUGCACAGAAUUUCAUCUGUGGUACCGGCAAUCCCAACAGAGAGGCACCCAAUGUUUCUGUCAAACCUUGAUCUUUUCUGGUUGCCAAUCAAUAAUGUUCAGAGGAUUCUCUUCUAUACAAUCUCCCCUGAAAACCAAUACUUUUCAAUAGUAGAGAGCUUAAAGAAAAGCCUCUCUUCAGUCCUGGUCUAUUUUUAUCCAUUGGCUGGUCGGCUAGACAAGGGAGAAUCAGUCAGACUAGAGAUCGACUGCAAUGAUUCAGGGGUGGAGUUUGUGGAAGCAUCAAUAGAUAUGCCCUUCUCCUUUCUGGAAAGAGAUGGGUUUCAGUAUAAGCCCCUUUUCCAAAACCUGGUCCCCAAGGCUCACCCUCUACAGGAUCACAGCUGCCCUAGACCGAUUCUCUCAGUACAGGUUACAUGUUUUCAGGGAGAGGGAGUGAGUAUAGGAACUACCCUUCAUCACGUUAUAGCAGACGGAAAUUCAUUUUGGAAUUUCAUGAAAUCAUGGGCAGAGGCAGAGCAGGACAAUACAAGGAGCAUCGAAGAGAGCCAGAAGUAUGUUCAGAAAUGGCUAGCUCGGAAAACAGAAGUAACAGAAGUAGUAUACUCAACCUUCUGCUUUACAGAAGAGAACAUCAGAGCCUUGAAAAAACAAAGUGGGGCUGUAAGUUCCUUUAUAGCAAUGGCCGCCCACUUCUGGAGAAGCGUGAUGAUUGCUCGUGAAGUGUGA